AUGGAUGCCUCCCGCUACAGGAAGCAUUACAGCAAGAUGGUUGGCCAGAAGCCCGAUUCGCCCGUCUCGCCCGACAGCGACGAGUGCAAUUACGUCAAGAUGCUGUGGCAGCGCUUGCUGGACGCCUACAUCGCCCCGAACGGCCCCAGGGAAGUCAACCUGCCGUCGGACGUGCGGGACAGCCUCUUGGCUCUAUCAAACCCUUAUUCUCCCCCUCACCCGUCGACAUUAGACACGGCCGUUGCUAAAAUCUACGAGCUGAUGGAGGAGUCGGUCCUGGUUCCGUUCCUGAACAGCCUCUCACCCCACAGCGCUGCCGGGUACAACACGAGCGAAGAAAACCUGUCGCACUCUCACACGCGGUCCUACGACGAGCGUACCCUCCGCCGUGAGGUCACCCAGGCCAAUGCCGACGUCCCGCACAAGCACCGCGCGUCGGCUCCCUCAUCCCUGACGACCAGCUUCACCACGGUGACGCGUAACUUCGGCGCCGCGGCGCACGCCCGUUUCGCCAGCUCCUCGCACCACCGUCACCCGCACUCGGUGGCCUCGUCCCUUGCUCAAUCGCCAUCGGACCGCGAUGGCCUUACGGAUGACUCGGGUAGCGCUAGCAGCCCUAGCGCCCUCGGCGAUCCUAUGACUCCACCAACGACGCCACCCAUGAGCGACUACGGUUACCCGCCAAGCGCUAACGGUACUCCGAGCCCGAGGAACAGCCGACACGAGCGUGAGGGCAGUGGGUGGAAGAGGAUGAGCAGCAAGCUGGGGUGGAAAAAGAGGAGCAGCGGGCAGAUUCGGGAAGAGCACGCGCAGCAUCAGCAGCAGAUGGAGGGGGGAAUGUUCUGA